AAACACCAGUUUCCUGUUUAACACAGUAUGGCUUCUUCCCUGCUUUCUCCAACUACAACUUACCAGAAGCAAAACCCAAGACUCUCAUGGCUUUGUCCAUCAAUACCCAUACCGAGGAAUCACAUUUCCUUUACAAAUCUUUCUGCAAGAAAAACCAUUAUCUGCAAUGCAUUUCUGGGAGAGAUUUCAGAAGAUUUACUGAGAGAUACUACUCUUCAAAUUGAUAAAUCAUUGACUCAAUUUCCAUUUUUGAAGUCUGGAUUUCUGAAAUUUGAGGGUGUUUUUGAUGGAUUACCGGAGAUAGAGAAAUGGGUUAUUCUGAUUUUUGGUGGACUGAUAUGGUUGUACUUAACUGCUAGACCUGGUGUUCUUAUUGGUGCUAUUGAUGCUUAUAUUCUAGCUCCUCUACAAAUUGGUUUUGACAGUCUUUUAGGGAGGAGAAACUAUAAAAGAACAGAUUUUAUUGUCGGGGAUCGAAUAGGUGAAGGCUCUUUUGGAAUUGUUUACUCAGGUGUAAUUGUACCCAAAAAUGUAAGUGUUGAAGAUCGUGUACAGAAAAGAGGAAGAGCAUUGGAGUUGGAUGGAAGGUUCAAGGAAAAAGUUAUUUUGAAAAAGGUAAAAGUUGGUACUCAGGGGGCAGAGGAAUGUGGUGAGUAUGAGGAGUGGUUCAACUAUAGGUUGUCAAGAGCAGCUCCUGAAACAUGUGCUGAGUUCCUCGGUAGUUUCGUUGCUGAUAAAACAAACUCACAAUUCAUUAAGGGUGGCAAAUGGCUUGUCUGGAAAUUUGAGGGAGAUCAAAAUCUAGCGGAUUACAUGAAAGAUCGUAGCUUCCCUUUGAACUUGGAAUCAGUUAUGUUUGGGCGUGUCUUAAACGGACUAGAAUCAAAUGAACGGAAUGCUUUGAUUAUUAAGCAAAUAUUGCGUCAGAUAAUAACGUCUUUGAAGAAGAUACACGACACGGGAAUAGUUCACCGUGACGUUAAACCAGCUAACUUGGUUGUGACAAGAAAGGGGCAGAUCAAGCUCAUCGAUUUUGGUGCAGCCACAGACCUCAGGAUUGGCAAGAACUAUGUUCCUGAUCGUACCUUGCUUGAUCCAGAUUUUUGUCCUCCUGAAUUGUAUGUGCUUCCUGAGGAAACACCAAAGCCUCCUCCAGAGCCAAUAGCAGCUUUACUUUCUCCUAUCGUUUGGCAGCUCAACAGUCCAGAUCUGUUCGACAUGUACUCUGCUGGAAUUACACUCUUGCAAAUGGCUAUCCCUAGUUUAAGAUCCUCAGCUGGAUUAAAGAAUUUCAAUACAGAAAUAAAGGCCGCUGGAUAUGACUUGAAGAAAUGGAGGGAAGUUACUAGGUUAAGGCCUGAUUUUCGGCUUCUCGAUCUUGACUCUGGUAGGGGAUGGGACCUGGCUACUAAGCUUAUCUCAGAAAGAGGUUUCCUUAGAAGAGGGAGGUUAUCAGCUUCUGCAGCUUUAAGGCAUCCUUACUUCUUGUUGGGAGGUGACCAGGCUGCUUCUGUCCUUUCAAAACUAAGCUUGAGCAAGUAGCAAUAUAAGCUUGAGAAAGCAGCAAAUUGCUUAGAAAUUUCAAGGCAUUUUAGACAAGCACAUCAUCUUCUGUCAGGACCUGUUCAGUGCAAUGGUUAAAGAUUUCCUGCUAUCAGCAUCCGCACAAUUUGCAUCAAGCUGCCUCAAUGGUACGACCUCGACUUCACCAUUAUUUACAUAGAGCUGUUCUUUGAACUCAUGGAAGCUUAACAAAUAUUUUCACUCGCGGCCAGGAACUUUAAACUCAAAAAGUUCCUGGCAUGAUAAAUAGACUUGCCUUUGUUUACCGAGGAAUGUCCCUUCUAUUGAGCAUUAAGAAUCCAUUCACCCUUAUAUAAAUGUAGAUAAACAGACAAUCGGAUACUAAUAUACAGCAGGACAAGAGAUUUUUCUUCUUCCUGGAAUGUACUUGCAUUGAUGAAAUAUGCUAUGAUGUAUGUAUUCCCUGUUGAUUAUCUCAUUGCUUUGUACUUAUCUUAAUUUGAUUAUCGCA